AUGACUCUUCCCCAAGUAACAACAACAAGCCCCCAACCACCCACUCAACCCAAUACCACCAACAGCAACACCACCACAACCCAAGGCCCCACCCCCGCCAUCCCCCCCUCAUCCAUAUCCCUAUCCACAUCCCAAACAUCAGACCCCAAACAAACCGCCGAAGCCAAAUCCGCCUUUACAGCAUCCCUGCACUCCCUCGGCGCAAACUACACGACCGAGCUCGUUGAGCGCGCCAAAGUCCUACACUCGAACCAGGGCGCGCUCUCCGCGCAGGAGGAAAACCUCGCCAAGACGACCGAGGCCCUGCGGAAGCAGAAUGACGCCUGGGAGGGUAUCGCGGAGGAUGCGCGGAAGGGCCUAAAGGAGAUUGGGGACGUGCAGAAUUGGGCGGAGGUUAUUGAGCGGGAGCUUUUGGUUCUUGAGGAGACGUUGAGGAUUGCGGAGGAGGAGGAGGAGGAGAGGGAGGAGGACAGGGUUAGGGCUGAAGAGCGCGGGCGAGAGCGAGGGAGGUAUGAGAGUUUGAGUGAGGAUGAAGAGGGUAGAGGGGUGGAUGGGCACGGGCUUGGAAAUGGGAAGGUUGAUGAGGAGGAGGGGCAGAAGGGGAAUAAGGGGAAGGGGAAGGAGCCUGCGACAGAGACGAAGAAGGGGUGGUUUGGGUGGUGGUGA